AUGGGAGGGGGACAUCACGCGCACGAGCCAUUCAAAAUCCCCCACUACAGCAUCUACAACAACUACCGCGACUUCCCGGAAUUGGCCGCGCAUGAGAAGCGGCUGGCACAAGUCGGCCUCAAGGACCCAUGGAUUAGGAACUACGUCUAUCUCUUCGAUCGCAACUAUCCGCAGGUCUACGGACAAUGGGCGCACUUCAAAAAGUUGAUCCUGCCCGGAUGGAAGUAUGGCGUUGGCGCGGCUGCAGCACUGAUCGUCGUCGAAGAAAUCUAUUCCCUCUCGACGAAGGGACACACGAGUUGGGCCGGCCACCAC